CUAUAAAAAAAUUAUUCCAUUCAGCGGGAUAAUUUUUAAAUUGAUGAAUCUGACGUGGUAGCUGCAAUUAACGAAAAAAACACUACACAUCUCGUGUAACUCUUGCCCUAUCGAUUAUCCGAGUAUCGUAAAAAUUCACCAGUAUGUCGUAACAAUAAUUGUAAAAUGCGAUAAAUUGUGCGUCAUAAUUGCAAUAGUGCGAUUUGUACGUAUGUGAAAUAAGAAAAUGGGUUACUAUUGUGCUUGGGGGGACGCGAAGAUGAUGUGCAGCUCCGAGGAGGAGGGUUAUGAAAAUCGUGUCGACGUUGAACAGAAGAGAGGAGGACGCGCUUUGAAUACCCAUGGAGAAGCUCUACCCGGUCCAGCUCCACCAAUCUCAGACGAUACCGAUCGGCAAUUCUGGGCGGAGGACGAGCUGAGCAGCUCGGAAUCACGGCAAAGAUUAAACGUGAAGAGGAAGCGCCGACGUAGCGUUUCCUAUAGGAACCGUGCCGCGAAUAAGAGUCGAUCUCGUGCACCCCAUUCCUCGAAUUCCAGCUCCGAUUCGAACGAUGCGGAAACCUCGCCUAAAGGCAUAACUGUACGCUCCUUACUUUGCUUUACUGCAUUAGGCCUUUGCUCAACACUAUUGAUUCUCUCAUUAUGGAACUCCAAUCUCCAUAGUCCUAUCCGCACCUAUGUGUUCCAUUUCGACAGACAGCAGCCUCUGUUACACAUAGUCUCCAACAAAUUCUUGUCGUUUGGACUCGACACAUCCUUACUUCGAGCAAUGGAUGAGUUACCCAUUGGACAAGAGAAAUUUAUCAAUUUGGCUCGUCACCUGAGCCCUGCUUAUGUCAGAGUGGGUGGAACCUCGGCAGAUUGUUUGAUAUUUGUUCAGAAUCAGAUGGAACAAAGUUUUUCCGAGAAGAUUCUCAGCCCUGUGGACGGCCAGGACAUUAGCAACUUUACCAUUUCUGGCACGGAUCUGCUCGCUAUCUAUGAUUUUACGGCAAAGUCGGAAUUACAAAUGAUCUUCGAUCUGAAUGUAUUGCUAAGAAAUCCAGAUGGAUCAUGGAAUGACAGUAACGCUCAGGAGAUUAUUGCAUUCGCUAAAAAUCAAGGCAUGACUCUAGACUGGCAAUUAGGAAAUGAACCAAAUUCCUUUAAACAUGUGUUCAAUGUGACAGUUCCUGCGACUGAACUCGCAAAGAAUUAUGAUCAUUUGAGGCAAUUGCUAGACGAAGCAGGAUAUGUUAACAGCAUUCUCGUUGGACCAGAAGUGAAUCAUGUUGGAGAUAAUAAUCAAAUGGGAGAGCAAUAUGCCAAGACGUUUUUAAGUAGUCAAAAGUACACUGUAAAUUAUGUUACUUGGCAUCAGUAUUAUUUAAACGGACGAGAGGCUAAAGUUAAUGAUUUCGUGCAUCCUGUCACAUUCAACUGGUUACCGGCGCAAAUCAAGUCCAUGAAACAAUUCAUUACCGAGUCGGGGAAAAACGUUUCUAUGUGGCUGUCAGAGACCAGUACCGCGUUCGGUGGAGGCGCGCCCGAAUUAUCCGACAGAUUCGUAGCCGGAUUUUUAUGGUUGGACAAAUUGGGAUACAGCGCUAAGGCCGGAUUAAACGUCGUCACGAGACAAUCGUUAUUCGGCGGAAAUUACGCUAUGGUUUCGCCGGAUCUCGUACCAAAUCCCGACUGGUGGGUCAGCGUCUUCUAUAAACAAUUCGUAUCAGAAAAGGUCUUGGAAUUGGUUACGCCCAACAAUUUCGGCUACGUACGAUUGUAUGCGCAUUGCACGCCAGAGAAAGCGUUAAUUGCCAGAGUACCGGCUAUCACGGUGUACGGAAUGAAUAUAGACAAGACCGCAGCCUACGUGGAUUUAUCAAACUUGUUUGUACGGAGCAAAAUGAGCAAAACUGUCAAGAUUUUCUAUUACGUCCUGACAGCUGAUUGUUUACAGUCCAGCGAAAUAAAACUGAAUAACGAAGCUGAAGCGUUGAAGUUGCGAUCGAAUGGAGAUUUGCCGCCGUUUCGACCUGUGAUAUUGGAUACUACGGUUCCCGUGCUUUUACCACCAUAUUCUAUGGUGUUCAUGAUACUUCAUGGUCUCGAUGUUCCUGCAUGUUCGGCAUGAAUAAGACGACAAGUCGAUUUUACAGGACAUUUAUAUUGUACGUUUUUUUUUUAUACAUUAUAUUAAACAUUUAUAUUAUAGCUUAUAUUACAUAUUUUUGACGAACUCUUAAUAAGGAAGCUUAUACAGUGAGAAUCAUUUGGUGCGGAAUCGUAUUUCGAAUAGAAAUUUAUUCGUCUACCGCAUAACAAGUCUCAGUUUACAAUUUUUUUUAAUACCGUUUCUAAGAUAAACAUUACGUUGUGCUGUACAAAUAGUAACAGGUAAUAACCGCUAUAUGCAACUGUCCAUUUUUACCAUGAAUGUAUAUGGCUAGACAAUAUUACUAUUUUUUUUUCUAUUGUUAUAUAUUAUAUUCCUGUUUAAAAGAA